AUGGCGAUCCGGCGCCUUUCCUUCCUCCUGCUCCUCCUCCUCCGCGCCUUCGCCUCCCUUCCCACCCAAACCGCCGCGCGAGGCGGCGCCGACCCGUCGUCAGGUAUUGAUGAUGAAAAACAUGGGUCGUUUUUACGUAAUCUUCUUGAGGAUAAGCCCGAGAUCACGGAAGAAAUGAUUCAUGGAUAUAUGACCAAUUCUGAACUUGAGAUUGCUGUGCAAGACUUUGGGAGCCGCUGUGCUAAUGUCUCCAGGGUGUACAGCAUCGGGAAGAGUGUAAAUGGUUCCCCAUUGUGGGUCAUUGAACUAUCAGAUAAGCCUGGACAAAAAGAAGCUGAACCAGCAUUCAAGUUCAUCGGGAAUGUCCAUGGUGAUGAGCCUGUUGGAAGAGAGGUCCUUAUGCAACUUGCGUAUUGGCUGUGUGAUAACUACCUGAAGGAUCCAUUGGCAACUCUUAUUGUGGAGAACACACACCUUCAUAUACUUCCGACAAUGAACCCAGAUGGAUUUGCUCUUAGAAGACGUGGCAAUGCAAACAAUAUUGACCUCAACAGAGACUUUCCUGACCAAUUUUUUCCCAUCAACGAUGAGAUUAACUACAGGCAACCUGAAACUAGAGCUAUUAUGAACUGGAUAAAGCAAGAACACUUCACAGCCUCUGCUAGUUUGCAUGGGGGUGCUCUUGUUGCAAAUUAUCCAUGGGAUGGAUCUAGAGAUAAAAGAAAAGAGUAUUAUGGAUGUCCUGAUGACAAGGCAUUCCGGUACAUGGCAUCAGUGUAUAGUGAGUCACACUACAACAUGUCUUUGAGCAAAGAAUUCAGAGGAGGUAUUACAAAUGGAGCACUCUGGUAUCCCAUUUACGGCGGCAUGCAAGACUGGAACUAUAUACAUGGAGGCUGCUUUGAGUUAACCCUUGAAAUUAGUGACGUAAAAUGGCCAAAAGCAUCUGAGCUUCUUCUCAUAUGGAAACAAAAUAAGAUGAGCAUGCUCAAUCUUGUCGCAAGCAUGGUGAAGACAGGAGUUCAUGGAAGGAUAUUUGCUGCAGAUUCUGGCCAUCCUAUACCUGGCUCACUGAUGGUGAAGGGAAUCGACUCAAAGAUAAAUGCUAGUAGAACUUUUGGCGAUUACCAUCGAAUGCUUGCACCUGGCGAGAGCUACGAAGUCGUGGCAUCAAUGGCAGGCUUCACACCAAAAAGAACACGUAUCGUGCUGGAACGCGAAGCCGUGAACCUUGAUUUCAUAUUGGAUCCAGACGGAGCUGUCGGGCAAACAAAGCCGGUUCGCACCGACUGCGACUGCCGCUGCGAUGAUGGUGGCAAGCCGUUCCUCAUCCGGGAAGCUUACAUCUGGCUUUAUCUCCUGGUCCUGUUCUUUCUGCUGGCUCUUUAUAUACUUUUCAGGAGAAGAAUAGCAUCGAGGCUCGCACCUCAUAGGCACCCGCCGAAACGGCCUGUUGCCGUGUGAGAUUAAUCUUUUUCUUUGCUAGCACAAGUUUGUAGCCUACAGCCUUACCACUGUUGUACUACACAAGUCGGAUUGAAUUGUGGCCAACGUGUGAUGGAAGUUUUACAUAUAUUUUCUAAUUGGAUAUACUAUAUGUUUGUAGUGAAUGCAUGUCAGUUAAGUGGAUGUUGUGGAGAUAAAGGAUAAAUUGGAUUAGUUUCGCA